AUGCCCUCCAUUUCCAUCAGGCCUGGGCUAAAAGUGAAAGAUCUCCGUCCCCCCGUGAUAUCGCUGGCACUCUCGCCGGGCUCAGGGCUCUUCAUGGCCAUCUUAGUCCAAAUGACCAUCACUGGGAAAAGCUUUGUAGGAGGAAACAUGGGAAUCGCUCUGGCCGCAAACCUGACGGCCAGCAGCCGGCUGUGGCAGGACGCUGCAGGCGUACCCAGCAUGCUGCCCAAAGUCAUGAGCAAGUUUCUGCACAGCACCCUUCAGAAAAUGCUGCCAGGUCUGCUGUGUCCAGCUGUGGAUGCAGUGCUCAACCUUGUGAAUGCAAAAUUCACCACCAUGAUUUCUGAGGUCCCCCUUGGGACUGCUGGGACCCUCCGGUGCGCUUUCCUGAACCCCCCAAUGAUGAGUGAAACUUUCAUAGAGCUGGAUUUGGAGACCAUUCUCCACCAAAAGGAGGGAAAGGAGGCAAACCUUCCCAUGGACCAACCAUCUCUUACUUCUCUGACACCGAAGAGGGAUGCUGCUACCCAGCUUAUCCUGUCUGCAAACUUCUUGGGUGCUGAGCUCUCUAUUCUGCAGGCAUCCUUCAACCUGGACAUCAGCAAUAACAUGGUUCUUGGGCUUCCCCCGCUGGUGACCACGAUGUUUGGAGCCCUCAUCCCUGAGAUUUCCAGGGUGCUGCCUCCAUCACAGCCGGUGGUGAUUGAAAUGCGAGAAGUGAAAGCACCAGUGGUGACCACAACCCCGGACAAAAGCUUUGUGCAGCUCUUCAGCACUGCCGAGUUUCAGGUUUCCCCUUCGACUGCUCCCCAAUCCUUCUUCGUCCUGCAUGUUCACAGCAACCUGGAGGUGCAGUUUGCCAUUGCAGAAGAAAAGCUGCGGCUCUCCCUCGCUCUGCACAGUCUGUCUCGGGUGGCCUUGGCUUCCUCCUCCCUUGGGACAUUUGACAUGAGUUGGGCAGUCUGCGUUGAGCUUCCACUGAAAAGAGUUUUGGCAGGUAUUAUUCACAUGGCUUAUGUGCCAUUGAUCGACAGGGCGCUGCACGGAGGGGUCCCCCUGCCCGACCUGCUGGGCAUCACCUACUGGUGGGCGAAUCAGCGGGGUUUCGAGAUAUUGCAGAUUCACUAG